CAUGGGGCCUUUUGACAUGUUCCUCGUGGCGGCGCCUGCUCCGUUCUUUGAGCUGAGGCUGAAUAGAGCAUCACUCAUCGAAGACACUUUCCAUCAACUGAGUGUAGCAUGUCCCAGUACCUUCAAGAGGUCCCUUGUGGUGUAUUUCGACGAGGAUGCGAAGCUGACAAAUGUCUACAAAAGGGACUUCUUCCUCCAUUUGUUUGAUAAGCUGUUGGUCCCCGAGUCUGGGAUGUUCAUGUACAACGACACCGAGACGCUGGCCUGGUUCCCUGCAAUGCCUAGAGUGGAGGAGAAGCGUUAUUUCCUGUUUGGGGUUCUGUGUGGGAUGGCCCUGUACAACAACAACAUGGUGCACCUCCCCUUCCCCAUGGCCUUCUUCAAGAAGCUGGUGAACAUCAAGCCCUCUUUAGAGGACCUGAGAGAGUUUAGCCCCAUUGAAGCAGGGAGUUUGCAGUACAUCUUGGAUUACCCUGAUGAUGAUGUUGAAAACAUGGACAUGACUUUCUCAGUGAUGUGGGGUGAUGUAGCGGUGGAACUUGAUCCCAAAGAAACUGGAAAACUUGUCACAAGUGCUAAUAAGAAGGAGUUUGUUGACACCUAUGUGAACUACAUCUUCAACCAGUCAGUAGAGGUGGUGUUUGAAGAGUUCAGGAAAGGCUUCUUCAAGGUGUGUGACAUGGACGUGGUGGAGUUAUUCCAGCCAGAGGAACUGAGGGGAGUGAUGGUGGGGAAGGAGAUUUUCGACUGGGAGACGCUGAAACAGAACACUGUGUAUGAAGGAGAGUACCAUGCUGGGCAUCCCAACAUCGUCACAUUCUGGGAGGUGUUUGAGGAACUGACAGAGGAUCAAAAGAAAGCAUUCCUGUUGUUCCUGACUGGCUGUGAUCGUGUGCCCAUCCUGGGUAUGAACCAGAUCAGGAUGAGGGUCCAAACCCUUCUCAACUCCUCCCAACAGCAUUUCCCAGAGGCGCUGACCUGUCACUCUCUGUUGCAGCUGCCCAUCUACCCCUCCAAAGAGACACUACAGAGCAGGCUUAUAGAAGCUGUUGGCCACAACAGAGGCUUCUGGAAUGAAUAAUGGGUGUAUAAUGUUGCUGCUGUAUAUACUCCUCUCCUGUGUUCAUCUUUUCAUUGUUCCAUAGUUGGGUUUAAGAUUUGGAUUGUUUUAAUGUAGGGUUGUGUUUCAAAUCCUAACUUGAGAUCUGUGCGGUACUAUGACAUUAUCAUAUUGCAUUCACCAAAUUUUAUUAAAACAUUUA